GACAUUUUCUCUUCCCUACUAAAACCUCUCUCCCUCGCCUGAAAAACCCACCGAAAAACACACUUUUCACACACACACACACACAUAUAUGUAAAAUUGAUGGGUUUUAACGGCGGAGAGAUGACGGCGGAAGUUGAAAGAGUGUUCGUAGGAGCAGGUUGCAACAGAAUAGUUAACAACGUCUCCUGGGGCGCCUGCGAUUUGCUCUCUUUUGGUACCCAAAACGCCGUCGCCAUUUUUUGUCCCAAGACUGCGCAAAUUGUGACUACACUUCCUGGACACAAUGCAUAUGUGAACUGCACUCAGUGGCUACCCAACAGCAAGUUUGCAUUCAAAGCUAAAAAUUUUGAAAGGCAUUAUCUGCUAUCUGGAGAUGCUGAUGGAACAAUUCUUUUGUGGGAGUUUUCACUUGUUGAUAAUAAGUGGAGAAAUGUGCUGCAAUUACCAGAAAAACAUAAAAAAGGUGUUACAUGCAUUUCUGCAAUUAUGGUAUCCGAUUCCGAUGCUAUGUUUGCAUCUUCUUCUUCUGAUGGUGUAGUGAGCGUGUGGGAAAUAGUCCUUCCGUCUAUAUCUGGAGGUGAAUGCAAAUUGUCUUGCUUGGACACUAUAUUUGUCGGUAGAAAACCAAUGGUCGCUCUUUCACUCGUAGAGUUACCUGGGCAAAACGGGCAUCUAGCUCUAGCCAUGGGCGGUUUGGAUAACAAAAUCCACAUCUACAGCGGCGAGAGAAUCGGAAAAUUUGUUCAUGCAUGUGAACUAAAAGGCCACACAGACUGGAUUCGCAGCCUCGAUUUCUCACUACCUCUACACGAAAACAAUGAAACUUAUACUCUCCUCGUGAGUUCGUCUCAAGACAAAGGGAUACGCAUAUGGAAAAUGGCUUCAUUACAAGCCAAUAGCACUACAGAAGAAAACACCUUAUCUUCUUACAUUAAAGGCCCGAUCUUUUUAUCCGGUUCGUUUUCUUACCAGAUUUCCCUAGAAUCCCUCCUCAUCGGACACGAAGAUUGGGUGUACUCGGUCGAAUGGCAGCCUCCUCAAAGCUCUUCUGAUCAAGGCAUCGAAUGUUAUCAGCCUCAGAGCAUUUUAUCUGCUUCGAUGGAUAAGACGAUGAUGAUUUGGCAACCGGAGAAGACUAGUGGUAUAUGGAUGAAUAUGGUUACGGUUGGGGAAUUGAGUCACUGUGCUUUGGGGUUUUAUAGUGGUAGUUGGAGCCCUAGUGGGAGCUCGAUUUUGGCUCAUGGUUAUGGUGGAUCUUUUCAUCAUUGGAGAAAUGUUGGCACGGAUUUUGAUGAUUGGAAACCGCAGAAAGUUCCUUCCGGUCACUUUGCUUCGGUUUCGGAUAUUUCGUGGGCGAGAGAUGGGGAAUAUUUGCUGUCUGUUAGUCACGAUCAGACGUCUAGAGUGUUUACCGCAUGGUGUGGCGAAGGAGGAGAGGCAUGGCAUGAAAUUGCACGACCGCAAGUUCACGGCCACGAUAUUAAUUGUGUGACAGUAAUCCGAGGAAACGGGAACCACCGGUUCGUAAGUGGCGCAGACGAGAAAGUUGCCAGAGUGUUCGAAGCAACUCUCUCCUUUCUAAACACACUGAGUCACGCAAAUCCACAUAAAUCCGGACAGGCUUACGAUCUUCCAUCAAACGUGCAAAUUCUCGGUGCAAAUAUGUCUGCUCUAGGGCUAUCACAGAAGCCUAUAUAUGUCCAAGCACCGGCGGAGCCGAAAGAAAGAAACAACAACGAAGGCGUCGACACCCUUGAGACGAUUCCGGAAGCAGUUCCAGUUGCGUUGACCGAAGCACCCAUCGAAGAGCAACUGGCAUGGCAUACACUAUGGCCCGAAUCUCAUAAGCUUUACGGUCAUGGAAACGAACUCUUUUCUCUAUGUAGUGAUUACGAGGGAAAACUAGUUGCUUCAUCCUGCAAGGCACAGUCAGCAUCCGUUGCAGAUAUAUGGCUAUGGGAAAUCGGCUCUUGGAAAGCCGUUGGCCGAUUGCACUCCCACACUCUAACAGUGACGCAGUUGGAGUUCUCUCACGACAACGCUUAUCUCUUGUCCGUCUCGAGGGAUCGUAAUUUUUCCAUUUUCGAAAUUAAACAUACAGAAACAGAAGAAAUCGAUCACGGGCUUGUUAUAAGGCAAGAAGCCCACAAAAGAAUAAUAUGGGCCUGCUCUUGGAACCCGUUCGCCCAUCAAUUUGCAACCGGAUCGAGAGAUAAAACCGUGAAAAUAUGGGAACUGGAAAAUGGAUCAUCCGUUAAGCUGCUCACAACUCUACCGACUUUCAAGAGCAGCGUUACUGCGUUAUCUUGGCUGGGCAUCGACAGACAGAAAAAUCACGGGCUUCUUGCUAUUGGAAUGGAAAGCGGUCUCAUAGAGGUGUGGAGUAUUAUUUCCAAUGGCGAAAGUGAAAAUAGUGGUGUAAAUGCGUCUCUUUUCGUUCGAUUCGAUCCGUACAUGUGUCACGUGUCUUCGGUUCAUCGGCUGAGGUGGCGAAGUGCGGAGAAGAGCGGAGAUUCUUCCAAGGUGCAGCUUGCUUCUUGUGGAGAUGAUCAUUGUGUGAGAAUAUUUCAAGUAGUUGUUUGAUUUAUUUAAUUUUUUGUGACAGAUUGAUUGAUUUUCUUAUUUUUUUAAAUUAUUUAGAAAGUGAGGGGUAUAAUUAUGUCUUCAAAUUUAUAUUGCCACCUUUUGUAUACUAAAAUAUAAAAAGUACAGAAGUUGUGGCGUCAUCAUCUAUGCAGGAUUAUUGUGUUCAUCUUUUUGUAAUUUUUAAAUUUAAUGUAUUAAACAAAUUAAUGAUAUUUUUUUUUUUUGUGUUUAAUCA